AUGCAGUUGUUAGUCGUCUCAAUUUUCCUGGCCGUACCAGCCUAUGCCUUCAAUCGUUGUGCCGUAGUCCCACCAACACUUUGGUGCAGCAGCGAAACAGUUAUGAAAGAAUGUGGAUUCAAAGAAUUUUGUGACAAUUACAAUGCUGCUACUUACAAUCAACGUGUCAACUUAACAAUUUUCUCCGAGGGACUUUGUCCUAUGUGUAAUGAUUGGUUUACAAAUUAUGUUUAUCCCAAAGUCUACAAGAACUUUGCUGACUUUAUCAACAUUGAAUAUGUGCCCUAUGGUAAUGCACAGUAUAAAAAUGGAACGAUAACUUGUCAACAUGGAGAGCUGGAGUGCCGUAUUAAUCGUUACUUUUCCUGCAUAAUCGACGUUAUGGGGAAACAGGAUGUGUAUAUACCAUUUCUACAUUGCCUAGAUGAUUUACUCAUUGUAAGGAGAGUUUCUGGAUAAUU